AAUGAAAUUCAGGGAAGCUGGAUUCUCAAAUGAAACGUUGCAGUAUCAUAGAGUGCAGUAUUCCAGUCCAUGGGCAGUUGGCAACAUUGAGCAAAAGUUUUGGGACUUCGGAGAUUUUUUUGCAGCAGGUAGACCCUCUGUCAGGACCCAUUCUUUGUCCCGUUGUGGUGUACUCAGUCGUAAAGUCCAUGACGGUUGCUAACGGUGACACAUUAGCGCUCAUCAUGCCUGUCCGAGCAGAGUGCACCAGUGGCACCGGCUCGGCCUGCCCAUCCUCGGGCUCUCUUGUUCCCCCUUCCCCGAUCAACACCUACCAGCCGGGGGUGGCUACUUCGCUACUGUAUAGCGGCUCACAGUUUCGGGGUUAUCAGAAGAGCAAAGGCAACUCUUACGACGUUGAGGUUGUUAUGCAGCAUGUGACUGUGGAGAACUCAUAUUUGUGUGGAUACCUGAAGAUCAAAGGCCUGACUGAGGAGUAUCCCACUCUCACAACAUUCUUUGCUGGUGAAAUUAUCAGUCAAAAAAGGCCAUUUUUAACUAGGAAGUGGGAUGCAGAUGAGGACGUGGACAGAAAGCACUGGGGCAAGUUCCAGCCUUUUUACAAAUACGCCAAAAGCUUCAACUCGGAUGACUUUGACUAUGAAACGCUGAACAACAGUGAUUAUGUCUUCAUGAGGUGGAAGGAGCAGUUUCUAGUUCCGGACCACACUAUCAAAGACAUUAGCGGGGCCUCCUUCGCUGGCUUCUAUUACAUCUGUUUCCAGAAGUCCACAGCCACUAUUGAGGGGUAUUAUUACCAUAGGAGCUCAGAAUGGUAUCAGUCUCUAAACCUAAACCACGUUCAAGAGAACAGUAUUCCUAUUUACGAGUUUCGGUGACAAACGCACACACGGGUGUCGAGGAGCGUGCAGUUCAUAAUGCCCUGAGGUGAAAUGGGAGCAACGGAGAGCCCUUUAGUGCCAAGAUCGGAGCAGACCCGUUUUUCUCGCUGCAGGGGAAUUUAACAUGUGGUCAGAGACUCCUUUGCGGAAAGAAAGAAGGCACAGAGAGAGAAGAGUUUAAAGGAGGACAAAGAUCAGUGACAGAUGGAGGGUUCUUAUAGUCACUCUAGUGCUCAUGUUUCCUUUUUUGAAUUUUAAUUUAGUCCUUUUUUGGUCUUUUUAAUUUAAUGUUGUGCUACCAGAUUUGGUUUCAAAGGGUCUGUCUUCCUUUCGCCGGACAUCAAAAUAUGUUCCUGUUUUCCUUCUGUGGAGAACCAUAAUUGCCUUUUAGUUAAGAUUUGCAAAAGAAAAUAAUACAAAGGAUAUAUAUUUGUAGGAAAAGUGUAGUUCCGUAAAGCUUGAUUCAAAGAAUCUUAUUUUAAAUAUAGAACAUCAGCUCAACAGCCCAUAGUGUUUUAUGCAGAGUGUGAUGGCGGAGGUUAUCGCCAAAAGGUUGCUAAGGUCGCAAUGAUGAGCAGUGGUCUGUAAGACUACGUUGUGGUCUGUGGCUCAGGGAUGGUGUGUAUGGCCAAUGUGUAUUUAAUAACUGAAAAAGAUGAAUGUGGGAAUUGGCUUAGUUAGGAUUAGUGCUGUUCAUUUCCAACAGGGCGUUAAUAAUCAAUCAUUUUGAAACUUCAAACACAGUUGUCUGAAAAUGUCUAUGCAAGCCAAAGGUGACUAAUAGGUAGGAUUUCUAAUAGCACCUAUUUGAUUUUCAGAUGAUUUAUGGCAGAGUGAUUUAUUUUUAAAAAUUAAGAAUGACCAUGAGUGAAAAUAAAUAAGGAAUUAAGACUUAAGCAAACAAAUAAUUAAGUAAAUUUAGUUACCAACGUUUGAAGCUCAGACAUGUGACAGAACAUUCCAACUCCAUUAGUUUCAAUUAUGUAAGAUUUUCAGUCACGUAACAGGUGUUGAUAAACGGUUAACGACAAGAUUACAAGUUUUGUGGCACACGGGGUUUGGCUGACUGGAAAAGUUAAGAAGCAACACGGCAAAAAGUAAUGCAGUGAUUUGAAUGUUAAUCUUCAACACAGUCUGUGGAUACGUUCUAACUUGUCUUUAGUUUCAGUCACACUUGUCUGUAUUAUUUUCAUCUUUAGAAGCUGUUAAAUAACUUUAUUUUACUGCAUUUUCCUCUUAACCUUUACAUAAAGUCACUCAAAAUGACUGUACCCAAAGGCACAACAGUGGAGGUAACAAAAAAGCUUCACAUAACAUGCUUAUCUACAAUGUGUACUGUUCUGUCAUCAGUGGGAAAUGUGUAAAAGAAAACCUUUUGUGACUUAUGG